ACCCCGGUCCCCCCGAUAAACGGUCCGGACUUCCCCGCCCUCCCGGUCCCUUCGAUAAACCGUCUGGAUUUCCCCUCCCUCCCGGUGCCCCCGAUGAACGGUCCGGGCUCUCCCUCCCGGUCCCCCCGAUGAACGGUCCGGACUUGACUUCCCUUCCCUCCCGGUCCCCCCGAUGAACGGUCCGGACUUCCCUUCCCUCCCGGUCCCCCCGAUGAACGGUCCGGCUACAAUCAGUAAAUAAUUAGAGUGAGGUGUUUGAUUUCCGACGGAAGCUCACAGACUUUCAGGCGAUAACAAAGUGUGGAGGUGGAGGAGCAGGAAAGUUGACAUUUUGGGUCGGGACCCUUCUUCAGAAAAAGGCUCCAGGCGGUGAUUUUGCUUCACUCUGCGCUGCGGGGUUGUUGCGGCCGUUUCCGAGUGACCAGCACUUUACUUUUGGUUUUAUUUUAUGCCUGUUCAGUUCUCCCGCCUGUUUUGAUGAUUUUCCCCUCUCUCACUCACAAACCUCAUGCUCGCCUCCUCAGACGAUACAAAAAGGUUGAAAAAUCAAAGAUGUCUCCAAAAAACAAAAAACGUGGUGGAAAUGGAAAAUCAAAAUUAACUGAGCCAGCUGCUAAAUCUGCUAAAAAAGAACUGGAUAACUCAACUGAAGAUGUAACAAUAGAAAGUUCAACCGAUGACAGUAGAACGGCAGCAAAGUCAUCAGGAGAGGAUAAGGGCAACAAAGAGGCACACAGCUUUUGGCUGAUGAAAUCAGAACCAGAAAGCCGAAUUGAAAAUGGUGUUGAUGUGAAGUUUGGAGUUGAGGAUUUGAAGGCACAACAAAAUCAGACUGCAUGCUGGGAUGGUGUUCGAAAUUACCAGGCUCGAAAUUUCAUGAGAGAUAUGAAGUUGGGACAGCUGGCCUUUUUCUACCAUAGCAAUUGUAAAGAGCCUGGAAUUGCUGCACUCAUCAAGAUUGUAAAGGAAUCUUACGUUGAUCACACACAGUUUGACAAGAAAGAUCCUCAUUAUGAUCCCAGAAGCUCGAAGCAAAAUCCAAAGUGGUUCAUGGUGGAUGUGCAGUUUGUGAGGAUGAUGAAACGUUACAUCUCUCUUGCUGAAUUGAAGCGAUUCCAUCAAGAACACAAAACAAAGAAUGGUCCACUGAAAAACAUGGCACUGUUUACCAGGGCUAGGCUUUCUGUGCAGCCAGUAACCAAAGUGUCAAUCAGGACAGAACGUCUCAAAGGCUUUGGUGAGUCUUCUCUAGUCGAGGAUUAAGGAGAUCGCUGAUAACAGUUUCUGCUGCAAAAUGUCAAACUAAAAAUGGAUGAGUUUGAAUAUCAACCUGGUCACAUGACUGAUUGAAUACAGUGCAAUGCCAGAGCUCCUGGUUGAUUAUUUAAUUGUGAAACUGUAGAAUGCAACUAACUUGAAUGUGCUUGAUCAGUGUCUUAACCACAACCAUCUAAACUUAUUUUCUGUUCUGUUUUGGGGGUACAAAAUACAAUUGUUUUCCACAUUACUACUUAUAUACUGUUUGUCAUAAUAAAAAAAUUCUACUUAAAUUCACAAUACAUUCUGCCUUUCUCCUCCCUCUUAAAAAUUUUUGUAAACCACAAAGCUAAGAUAGCAGUAUCAUAAUAAAUGAAGUUAAGACAAGGCAUCACUAACCUGGAUAAUUGCACGUAAAACUAUCCAGAAAAAAUUACAAUAUUAAUGAUAUUCUCUACCACUAAGAUUAUCAAGGCAUUUUAUAAUUUGCUUCAACAAGUGCUAUCUUUUCCAAUAGACCUAAUGUCCAAAAGUACUUCUUAAAAGUUAAUUUCAAAGCAUGAAGGCUUCCUCAAGAACAACGCCUGCAGAUGAUAG